CCUUUAGCGUUCAUUAGCUGAGACUGUUCUCUACUUCCUGAGUAUUGCAUCGUCAGGAUUUGAUUUAGAACAUUGGAUGGCAUAAUACUGUUUUGAAAUUGUUUUCCAAGUAGCAGUUGCAAGGGUUAGACUGUGGAGCAGAAUCUCAAGAAAGAUCUUCACUCUGUGGUGUUUGUCAUAACUUAUCUGUCGUGGAAUUCUGUUUCCAUCACUAAUAGGUAUGGCAGGAAAUUGGCACAGCUUUGCACCAAUCAGGAGGACCUUUUUAAAGAACAUCUCCUCCCUUAUAGUUCCACUUUGACAAGUGCACAAAACAGGAAUUCUUACUGUAAGCAUUUGUGUCGUAAGCAGGACACACAGCUACCGACAAUUCAGGUCAGGAAUACCUUUUUAUAACUAGAGUGCUCUGCAUAAUGAGCUUUAGAAAACUACAGAUUAGGUGAAGUUUCAUUGGACCCUCCAGGGAAGUCUUCAGCUUUCUUUGCUAGACUGUUUCAGUUAACGUGGGAAAGAUCUAUUUCUAGAAAAAGACUCUCUCUGAUAAAUUAUUGCCUUUUGUGUCUAUUCACUUGCUGAUAAAAACAAAACAAAAAAUGUAGUCGGAAUUUAAGUGCUUUUUUUUUUUAAAAAAAGAAAGCAAAUAAUUGAAUCUGAUAUUAUGAUUCCAGUGAGAUUAAGUGUUGUUGUGUGACGCGUCUAAAGAUACGCAAUUGCUAUCCAAACUUUGUGUGCCUGGCUAUCAACCUCUCCACCCAGGCACCUACCCAUCCACCUAAGAAAGCAGAUUAUUCUAUUAUAACCAGCUACAAGGCAGGGGGAAGUGGGAUGUAUGCCAUUGGGAUAGCCUACUAGAAGGUGUUUACUGCUGGACGAUAAGCAAUGGCUUCAGGUUCUGUUCAUGAAGGCAUAGUAGAGCAUAGAACGAGUGGCAGCUACACCCCCUUCCCUCACUCCUCCCCAAAUCAAUACAUCUGAUACAUCAAGGAACUUUCUCCAACUCCUUUCUGAUGGCAGACUUUCAGCAUGAAAUCUCGAUUACCAAUAUCUUCCAUUCAACUCUGGAAGAAAUCUAUCUCUUACAGAGCGGGUUAUGGGGCAGCGAAAGAGGCUUGAAGAUGCAGUGGACGCCAGAGCAUGCCCAGUGGCCAGAGCAGCACUUUGAUAUCACCUCCACGACCCGUUCUCCUGCCCACAAGGUAGAAGCUUACCGCGGACACCUGCAGCGCACCUACCAGUAUGCUUGGGCUAAUGAUGACAUCUCUGCUCUUACUGCUUCAAAUCUACUAAAAAAAUACGCAGAAAAGUAUUCUGGUAUCUUGGAAGGGCCAGCUGAACGGCCCAUUCUGAGUAACUAUUCAGAGCCUCCAUCAGGACUGGUGAAUGGUCGCAAGAGUGAGAGUGAACCUUGGCAGCCUUCUUUGAACUCUGAGAGUGUUUAUCCCAUGAACUGUGUCCCAGAUGUUAUUACUGCCAGCAAAGCUGGAGUAAGUACUGCCCUCCCUCCAGCGGAUGUUUCUGCCAGCAUAGGGAGUUCACCUGGGGUGGCCAGUAACCUGACAGAACCUAGCUAUUCUAGCAGUACAUGUGGAAGUCACACUGUACCUAGUUUGCAUUCAGGGCUCCCAUCUCAGGAAUAUGCUACUGGAUACAACGGAUCUUACUUGCAUACAAGUUACAGUGGCCAGCCAGCACCUGCACUUCCUUCACCUCAUCCAUCCCCUUUGCAUAGCUCUGGGCUUUUACAACCGCCCCCACCUCCACCACCCCCACCAGCCCUAGUGCCAGGCUACAAUGGGACAUCUAACCUUUCCAGUUAUAGUUAUUCCUCCGCAAGCUAUCCCCCUCAAAGUGCUGUUGGGCCUGGGUACAGCCCUGGUGGCGCACCUCCUCCUUCAGCCUAUCUGCCUUCAGGAAUCCCUGCUCCAACUCCUCUCCCCCCUACCACAGUACCUGGUUACACCUACCAGAGUCACGGUUUAACACCUAUCCCACCCUCUGCCCUGACAAACAGUUCAGCAAGUUCACUCAAAAGGAAAGCUUUCUAUAUGGCAGGACAAGGAGAAAUGGACUCCACUUAUGGAAAUUACAGCUAUGGCCAACAGAGAUCUACACAAAGUCCCAUGUACAGGAUGCCUGACAACAGCAUUUCAACUGCAAACCGAGGAAAUGGUUUUGACAGAAGUGCUGAACCAUCAUCCUUAGCAUUUAAGCCAACAAAACAGAUAAUGGCAUCUGAACAGCAAAGGAAAUUCAGCCAGUCCAGUAGGGCUCUGACACCCCCUUCUUACAGUACUACUAAAAAUUCACUGGGAUCGAGAGCAAGUGAACCAUUUGGGAAAUACAGCUCCCCUGUAAUGAAUGAACAUAGUGAUGAACACAGGCAGCUCCUUCCUCACCCAAUGCAAGGCCCGGGACUUCGUGCAGCUACCUCAUCUAACCACUCUGUGGAUGAACAACUGAAGAAUACUGAUGCACACCUCAUUGACCUUGUAACCAAUGAGAUUAUCAACCAAGGACCUCCCGUAGACUGGAACGAUAUUGCUGGCCUAGAUUUGGUAAAGGCUGUCAUUAAAGAGGAGGUUUUAUGGCCAGUAUUGAGGUCAGAUGCAUUCAAUGGGCUGACUGCUCUACCUCGGAGCAUCCUUUUGUUUGGACCUCGGGGAACAGGCAAAACAUUAAUGGGCAGGUGUAUAGCCAGCCAGCUGGGAGCCACUUUUUUCAAAAUCUCUGGCUCUGGUCUUGUCACAAAGUGGUUAGGGGAAGGAGAGAAAAUAGUUCAUGCCUCCUUCCUUGUGGCAAGGUGUCGCCAGCCCUCAGUGAUUUUUGUUAGUGACAUUGACGUGCUACUUUCAUCCCAAGUGAAUGAAGAACAUAGUCCAGUAUGUCGGAUGAGAACCGAGUUCCUUAUGCAGCUGGACACUGUGCUCACUUCUGCUGAGGACCAAAUAGUAGUAAUUUGUGCCACCAGUAAACCGGAAGAAAUAGAUGAAUCUCUUCGAAGGUACUUCAUGAAACGACUUUUAAUCCCACUUCCUGACAGCACAGCAAGGCACCAGAUAAUAGUACAACUGCUCUCACAGCACAAUUACUGUCUCAAUGACAAGGAGGUUACACUGCUUGUCCAGCGUACGGAAGGCUUUUCUGGACUAGACGUUGCUCAUUUGUGUCAGGAAGCAGUCGUUGGCCCACUCCACGCCAUGCCAGCCACAGACCUUUCAGCCAUUAUGCCCAGCCAGUUGAGGCCCGUUACAUAUCAAGACUUUGAAAAUGCUUUCUGCAAGAUACAGCCUAGCAUAUCUCAAAAGGAGUUGGAUACAUAUGUUGAAUGGAACAAAAUGUUUGGUUGCAGUCAGUGACAAGUCUUUUUUUUUAAAAAAUGUAAUGAAUGUUGGUGCGCGCACACACACACACACACAUACACACACAAACCUGUUACAUAGGGCAUGGAAUCCCUUUUUUCAGUGGUAUUAAAAUUGUGAAAGGGUACGGGAGAAGGGAAAUUAAAAAAAAACAUUAUCACCUUGCAUCUAAAGAGCCAGGUGUAGUCUUGAAGGAAUAGUGCAUCAGACAAGAGCUGUUGAUCUGAAAAGCCACAGAUGACAGGAAGCAUCUGUCGAUGCUCCGUUCUGUUCAGUCUAGACAACACACUCUCAUCGUGAGCAAGGAGCCAAGUGGGUUGAAUUUUAGAUGGACAUGAACCCUGUGUGUUGAUUCCAUUCUGCUGUUCUUAAGAUUUAGUUGCUGUCAAGUGCCUGAAGUGGUGCUUUAUUUUUUUUAUUUUUUUGUUUGUUUGUUUGUUUGCCUCACAAUUACAAUGGUGGCAUGUGCUAAUAUAAAGAGCUUUAACUUCAAAAUGUUGUGGGACUAAAGAAAUGAAUGCUUGUGUUGCGACAGAGAACCAGUUUAUUUUUUUCCCACUUGUUUUUGUUUUCACUUUGGCUAGUUUAAGAGCAACAGUAUUCCUCAGUCCUGUCUGUUCUAAAGUAUUAAACUAAGAACAGGUAAAACAGGGUAAUGGUAAAUCUGGAUCUUAAUUUCUGCAAUUCAUUUUUUAAGUGUUCUGUCUGCAAAAAAGAGAAAAAAACUCAGGAAAGUGAUUGUGAUUUGUACAGUACCUCAAAGGAAUGUGUUGAAAGCACUAUGUACUGCUGAGAGUUAAUAGGCUAGGCUUCAAUGUUACUUUAUAUUAAAUAUGUAUGUUUACCUCAAAAAGUUGGGAAAAAAUACAAGGAAAAAUACUUUGAAUGUAUCCAGGAGCAAGCUGAAAGUGUGCUAUAAAUUAAUCUUUGAACCUUUUAAAAUAGGAACAGCGGGGGUAUCACAGUGUUUAAAAGUAACAUUUCUUUAAAAAAUAAAAACAAUAUUGGAGAUCAAAACAGAAGAGGAGUAUUUUCAUGGCAGUCGUGUGUGAAAGUCCUUAGUCCUUGACAAUUUUGUGACAAGUUGGUAGUGCACAGACAAUAAGAAAGCCACCCUGUCGAAUUAUGUCAUCAUCUGGGACAGUCAAAGGCAACAUCUAGUUAGGACUCUGAGAAGCAAAUUACCUUAGACUCCAGCAGCUUUUAUAUCUUGGUUAGAGUUGUGGUGUCUUGAUUAUUUCAUUGAGUCAGUCGAACAAAAUCAUUCUAGGUCACUGAGAUUGCUUAUGGGUUGCAAAGCAGUUUCUGGCAAUGCAGUAAAGAGUGACCAAACAAAGAAGCGAGACAAAACUGAACCUUCAAAUUGCAUUUCUCUUUCUCGCCAUUCGUUUUUGACACACAAAUGAAAUGUUGUUUGCUUGUUUUUAUGUGUGUGUUGCCUCUUCUGUUUUUCAAGACUUAAUCAUGCCCAUUAGAAAUGUUCCAGCCUGUGUCUACCAUUUUAUUCCUACCUCAAUUUUUGUUAGUAUUACUUUUUGUCAGACAGAAAGGAAUGGGACAUUACAUUUCAUCAGGAAUGCGCAUUUGUAUCAUGAAUAACUAGUGCAUGUUUCCUUGAAAAUCAGUUGCACUGUGUGUUCAGUUAGCUUACUCCCAAGUAAAUAUGCGUAAGAUUGCCAUCAAAAGACAACAUGGAAGGAGAGAGCGUGACAGUUUCCUCAGUAAGGGAAGCCAUUUGCCUCUUUGCUUUUUGUCAAGCCAGGACUAUCUUCCCUCUGGAAAGGCAAGCAUUUGUGGCAUUCUGUACAUUUUGUGCCCCCACUCCACAUUGUCUUUCUUUGUAUUCUUUAAUGUUUUUAUAAGCAAUUCUUUUUAUGACAGCUGAUUGAUGUUGGUAAUGUCUCUGCACACUGUAGCAAUCUGAGCUUUUGCAGCCACAUGAGCAAAACAGUCUUUUCUAUAUAUAUAUAAUUUCCGUUUACUGUAAAGCGGCAGUAGCUGAACACUAGCAAGGCCCUGACAUUUAAUGUUACUUUAAAAUUAUGUCCCUUUGAAUACAUGAAACAAA